AUGACCACGGCUUUCGGGGCCCUCCUGUCAAGUUUUGCGACUACUGCGGUCUCAGAAUGCGGUGACCGUACAUUCAUCGCAAGCACAGUGCUUGCCCUCAAGUACGCGCCCCAACAACAUGUUCCCCCCGAGAGAGAUGUUCACAUGAAGAUGUUCACACGGCCACCGGUCUGUCCGUACAAGUGUCGUCGUAGGUACAAUCGUGUGAUCGUAUUCUGGGGAACGUUCUGUGCUCUCGGAGUGCAGUCUCUUACCUCAAGUCUCGUAGGCGAAUUGAUCCAAAGGUUCUCGCCACACAGCGGAAACAUUCCCUGGGCCGUGGUCUUCAGUUUUGUGGUAUUUGCCGUCUUUUCGGUCCGUUAUCUUUACGAGGGCAUACAAGGCAUACGUAAUUUGAAAGGACAAACUCCUCAGCUUCUUAGUCAGACUCUAUUAAGCCAUAGUGAGGAUCCUUCUGAGGAGACAGUGGUCAGCAGUCGUUCACAGCAGCAUAGCAAAGCGUCUCUCUUUUGGGAGGUGUUCGGCCUGAUUUACGUCACCGAGGUCGGCGACACCUCCAUGAUUGCCCAAGCGGCCCUGGCGUCAUACUCCGCUUUCCUGCCGGUAUUCCUCGGUGCCUGUCUGGCCAAUGCAUGUGUCAACGGGGUCGGCAUCUAUUUUGGGGGUUGUGUGGCACACAAGGUCAACGUCCAGGUCGUCAACAUCACAGCCGGCCUCCUCUUCGCUCUCUUUGCUCUCCUUGCCCUUCGAAAAUUAGAGCCCUCAGUCUUUAUGAAAAAUUUAUCAACCGACGUCUUCAAUCGCUGA